CAUGUUUUUGAAGGAUAUUAUUUAUUUUAUUAUGUACAUGCACUCGUUGCAUGCAGGGAAUUUGGAGUCCAAUACAAGGAAUGUGAUAGCAAGCAUGAAGCAUCAUGUUGUUUGAUUUUCCAUAUUGAAGUUUCAAUAUAGGGAGAGAUUCAUGGGCUGGACUAUCUAUUGAUUUCAAUGGUUUAAAAUAUACAUUUAUUCCUACGCUGUCUUCCUCUCUUCCCUAUCUGACAGUCGUUCGUUUUGAUUUAUAUCCUAGUGAUGAUAUGUGAGCCAGUGUCAGUCAGCUACCAUUGUGUUUCUACACAACUCUUUUCGUUAACGACUGCAGCGCGAUUAAUCUUCAGAUCCACAAAUGAUAAGAUUAAUCAGUGUUCUUCAUCGUCUCUCUCCCGCCUUUAUCUGGGCUGAUCGGUGACUGAUAUGAAGACGUUAUGCCUGGAGGUCUCGGGUUACAUCAACUUGGCAAUUACAGAGCCUUAACAUUUACGUUUUCAGCCAUAGAAUGUCGAAAUAAAUCAUUGUCUAAUCUCGACACCACAUUCUAGCAUCGUUCCUCUAGGAUAGGAGCUUUUUAUGGAAUCAUAUAUGAAACGGUUAUGAUAGAGCAGGCAAGAAUUUGUCUUUAGAACUUAGGCUCAUAGGCCUAUUGAGCCAAUUAAAUAAUAUAUAGGGAGGCUAAUAUUAAUGUUAAUUAUAUGGUUUUUAUUUUAGCAAGCAUUCCAAUUCAUAGAGCGCUCUUCAUAGAAUCUUUAAUUUUUUCGAAAGCAAAAAAAUACACAAAAAAAAGCAAUGUAUUAUGACAGGUGGAUCAAGAGAAGCCAUGUCUUUCAAUGCUGCAUCCUCUGAGAGUCAGGUUAUGGAUUGAGCGUAGGGACCGUGUCAGAGCAUGGCAGAUGAUGGUGAUAAGACUAUACUGUGUACAUCUUUAAUGCCAAUAUUACGGGCAAUUGGGGAUUGAAGAUUCUAAAUAACUGUUUGAUAGCAAACUCCAACACAUUUUCUUGGUCAUAAUAAUCUCGGUGAAAUGUCAUUAGAUAAGCAGUACUGACGUUUUAGAGAAGAAUACUGAUGAAGGCUAUUUUCUAAUUACCUCUGGUUAAACAUUAGCUAUCGUGUAUGGGGUAUUAACUAAUUUCCGUAACGAAUGAAUCAAGGCGAUUGAGUAUUUCCAAUUGAAAGAUGAACAGGAGAGAUCAAAGCACCGCCAGUCCCAAUGGGUAUCGAUCCACUGACCACAAUCCUAGCGGCUUGUUUGAUCCUCACUUCCAGCAGGCUAAAAUGUAUUUUAAACUGUAAACCCAAAAGGCAGAUGUUUCCCUAAAAAAACGGACGCAAUUUGUGACAAGAACUUUCGAGCAUGUACGAAUAUGCCCGGAUAUUAAAGAGUAGGUACACCCAAAUGACAUCAUAAAAUUGGUUUCCAUAACCUGUAAAAGUCUAUAUACGAUGCAUGAAAGCAAUCCAUAGUUUAGUUUCCAUUACGCUGUUACAACAGCAUUUCUGAAUCAUUGGAAAGAACACAGUUAUUUGAAUUAUUUUAUGUAAACAUUUUAGCUUUGAACAGGGAGUGAGACAAAAUGUUAAUGUUAGGGAACAGAGCCAGCAACUGACAGGGAAGAUAACCCAAAGCAGGAAUUGAUGUUAUACAUAUCAAGUCCACAUCUUACUAAUGUCCUUUUGUAAUUUGGGUCAACUAUCUCAUUAACUAUCUCUCUAAAACUGAAUCUGAGUAGUUUUUUUGGCCUGCUGUGUACGGUACAACCAAACAUUUGAACCUACUUCUUUGCCAGGUUAGACAAUAACUUAAAAAAAAUUGUAAAUAAUGUAAAUGCUUCAUAUUGAGAUAAUGCAUUCUCGACAUUUUUUUAUUUAUAUAUCACAGGCUUUUAAUGCAGGAUUUCGUGGAACUCGCGUGGCAUGGGGCUGUGCAAAGUCAUGCAUUGUCAAAAAUCUAGUUGACAAUUUAGUUUCACAUAAUUAAUUUAAUGAUUGUAUUUAAUGAUUCUGAUUAUAUUUAUUCAUUUGAAGGCUCCAGCGCCAAUACACAUUAAGGCUACUGCUUUUAAAUGAGAUAGGCCUGGUUUUAAGUAAAUAUAUGCUAUCUAAGCUAUUUUAUUAGUUGGCAUCUCACUAUGGUAGCCUAGGGCAAGAAUAAAAUUCCGUAAAGAAAAGUUGGGGCCAAGGCUCCGUUCAUUAUUGCAGGUUGCUCUUGUGAAACAAAUCGAUCAAAAGGCACCAUCUCCACGCCCCGUCCCACCACAUAUACAAUUAGCAUAAUUUUCGUUGUCAAAAGCCAGUUCAUAUUGAAAAACUGCUGACAUUUGCGUAAUAGCGAGAAUCCUACAUCUAUUUGCUUUUAUGAAUCUCAUAUUUACGGAAUGCUCCGCGUUAGCUGUGAAUAAUGGUUUUAAACUAGACAAUGUUGCAUCAAUGUUUAGCCAGCUGCCGUAGGCUAAAGCCAUGUUUUCCUUCUUCCUCUUCCAUGAUGUGGGCGACUCCGGAUGAGUUCAGCCCCUACCCAUAACUGGAACUGGAUUAUAAUAUUCCUCGAUGUCUUUGAAAGAAAAGAGCUCUCGUUAUUGAUUCUAGAGGCAAUGGAUGUGAAAUUAAUCAUAUAUAGUCAAUAGUCGUACGAUCAACGUAGGCUACACUAAGGACAGCAACCAAGAGGUCACUGGAAGGAAACUGUCACGUGGGUUCUAGGUGCCAAUGUUCCUUCAAAAGGUCAAAAAGGCCCUAGUAGCAAUUGAGGCUCUUGGCAAUGUAGAAAAUAACACAGGCUACCACGAAGCCAUAACAGUAUUUGGAGAUUCCCCAUUACAAGGUGUCAGUGGAUUUGGAUACACGCAUGAAUCACCCGCCCAUCAACCUAUGGCCCAGCUUGAAAGCAAGAGCAAAUUGAAGGAAUUGGAGUUAAAUGGAAACAACAAAUCAGAGCACCCAAAAGAGCGUGACACAAAAUCAAAUUCUACCUUCACAAAAAGCAUUUUCCCGUGGAUGAAGGAAUCGACAAGGCAGAACUGUAAAAAGAAAAACAGAGAAAAACAUGUCCAAGUAAAUGAACACUUUGGUGAAGAAGAAAUCACAACAACUUCAGCAUCAAAAAGGUCGCGCACUGCUUACACGAGUGCCCAGUUGGUGGAGCUCGAGAAGGAGUUCCACUUCUCUCGUUACCUGUGCGGCCCCAGGCGCGUUGAGAUGGCUAACCAACUCAAUUUAAAUGAGAGACAGGUCAAGAUUUGGUUUCAAAAUCGUAGAAUGAAGUACAAGAAAGAUGAGAAGUUUAAAGGGUGUAGUCCUAAAAAUGCCGCCAGCCAUGGUUAUCAUGCCAUGGGCGAUUAUGAUGAUUAUGAAACAGUUUCCCCGCAAUCUUUAAAUUACCAACAAAACCGUAAUUUAGGUCUACGUUUUUAUCCAAACUUCACCAAAGGCCAGCAGCCAUAUGUCAGUACAGCCGCUGAUUAUGCUCCUUGCAGUAUACAGGACAACGAGAGCAAUUUUUCCAUUCAUAAUGCUCCAGAUAACCCUGAUUAUGUUGAUGUGAACUUGCCACUCACAAUAUACGGGAUAAAUGAUCAGUGUAAUAAUAAUGCACAGAUUAACACGAUCCUACAAGAUCCUAGAUCUACACGAUGUUAUUCUAACACCUCAUACCUGUUGGGGCGUCAUUGUUCUCAAGAACGAAUCCAGCAAGCACCUAAACUGACCCAUUUAUAGCGCACGGAAACAAUAUGCUACUUUAAAUAAUUACCGUAGUGGAACUUCAGAUGUGUGCGUUUUUGUUUUGCGCCGGUUUUCGCAAACCGAUGAGCACGUCGCGACUGCGCAGGCUACUGAUUCUAUUGGACAGUUCACUCAUUUAACGAUGUUGGGUUCCUAUCCAAAUAUAUUAAAGGUUACAUUAUUUAAUUAAUGCAAUAGCGCAUGGUAUAUUCACCAAAAAGGUUUUUUCGACUGUUCCCGCGGGGAAACUUGUAUCAAUUAGCCUACCUUUUUUUUUGUGUACUUUACUUUACAUUAUGCACUUUUAUAAAUGGGAAAGUCUAUGACCAGACUGCAUCCAUAUGAAACAUUUGAAUGUAAUUGUUUAGUUUGCGAAAUGUAUUUAUUUAAUUUAUGGGAAUUCCGUAUAAGACUUUCAUUUUAUCACAUAGUUUAUAGUAUUUUUUUUUUGACAGACUAUUAUGCUCAACAGGAGGGACAGAUGAAUCAAUGUAAUUUAUUUGUGGAUACGUCUGGAUACCCUAUAAUGUGCACAUGCUGACACAAUACCUUCCUGUUAUCAAAUAAAGUUUUUGU